AUGCACUCGCGUCGACCCGAAACCUUGAAGAUUAACAUCUCCAAGUAUAGGGGAGUCGAAGAGGACUCCCUUCUGAGAUGGUUCGUCGAGUUGGAUGACGCCAUAAGGGCGCGUCGCAUCGACGACGGGUAUAUGCAAGUUGCAUUUGCCCAGUCAAAUCUGGCAGGACGUGCCAAGACUUGGGCACUGGGGCUCAAGUUGCACGAACCAUAUGCGUUUGGGUCGUUGGAAGUCUUCAAUUCGCGGCUCAGACAAACGUUUGAACCGCCUAGAGCUGAGUUCAGAGCUCGAACCAAACUCUUGAAUCUCAAGCAGGGUAAGCGUGAUGUGCACGCUUACGCGCAACAUAUACGACAUCUCACGAGUUGUAUAAGUUCCAAUCCGGUGGAUGAACACACGUUGGUUUCGGUGUUCAUGCAGGGUCUUGCGGAUGGUCCCGUCAAGACUCACCUGUUCCGGCUUGAACUAGAUUCACUAGAACAAGCCAUUUCCAUUGCGGAACAGGAAGACUUCAGACUGAGACAGGCUCGCGCCAGCUCGACAUCAUAUCAUCAACCGAGACGAUAUGACAACGGAGGCUCAGAGCCGAUGGAACUCUGUUAUGUAGAGAGCGAGAAGGCUCGCUCUACAGACUACAAGAAGUUGCAGAAAUGCAACAGAUGUCAGAAGACAGGACACUACGCUUACGAGUGUAGUGCCCCUCGUCCAGUGUCUCGCAACACUGGGCGUAGUGACCGUCCAGUGUCUCGCAACACUGGGCGUAGUGACCGUCCACCCAUGAGAAAGGGGCAGGGACGCGGGUCCGCUGUUGGUGCAAAGACGCAACAACGGGAUGGACCGUCAAAAAACGGACAGGAUCAGUAG